AUGGAAGAGACAGCCGGUCGAACCGGACCGAACCGGGCGGGGGAGGACCGUUUAAAGCAUGCCUGUGAUGCUGGAAUGGUGUCUGGAGAAAUCCCUUCGGACAGUGAGGAUUCUAAUAAUCCACUAAGUUCUGACUCUGUGAGCUCCGAGUCACCACCAAGACUUACUGAUCUCGCAGCGAGUUUCCGAGUCUUCUCUGAGUCAAUGGCAAGAAUGGACCUUGCGGAGAUGGAGAUGAUCAAGGCAAGAGAGGCUUCAAGGUUGGAGGCAGAGAAAAGGAGAAUGGAGCUGGAGGCUGAGUUGACUCGAAUAAUGUUGCAGACUCAGUUGCAGAUUGCUUCGGUUGUGGCGGGGAAAGGAACGAGUAGAAAGAGGAAACGAGUUGCAGAAGAAAAGGAGGAGACGCCCAUUUCGUCAAGGGAAGGAGCUCUGCUGCUAAAGCCUUCCUCCGAUUCAUGGCGCUCUCGGUGUAUUCUGCCAGAGGUGGAAGACUUACUUGUUCUCCGUCUUUUGUCAUUUGUCCUCGAAUUAUCUAGUGAUGCCACAAUUACAAAGACAUGUUAUCGAUACGAUGCGAUAGACAUGCUGAAUACAGCAAGAGCUAACAUGAGUGCUAAGGAAAAAGAAGGAAAAAACGGAAGAUGCAAACUUAACAUAUUACAGAAGGAAUGA